AUGGCGACAAACAGAAUGCUGAUAAAAUGGCAGCCCCCAUGAUUUUUGUUUCUCUGAUUGGAGUGACUGUGAGAUCUGUAUUGUUUUACUCAUUUGUAUCAAGCUGGCUGACCGAUCGAGUUGAAAUUUCUACACCUCUUACAUCAUGGAAAUCGAUGGUGGAAGGUGUGACUUUACUGGAGUGGGGUAUUUCACCGUAUGCAGGAGACAUAUUCCAUGAAACCCCGCUGUUGCUGUACACCUUCUACUCUGUUCAUGCUGUUUGUCCCACCCUGGUGCCUGUUAUAUUUGUCAUGUUGGAUCUGAUAACGGCCUUGGUACUGCGGAAGGUUGCCACCAGGACAAUGAAAUACUUGUACAAUCAACAGAAACAGAAGGAAAAGAAUUAUGCUUCAGGAGUUAGUCCCCUUCUCAUUGUUUCUUCGGAUCUCAUUUCUAUUCCUGACUUGGUUAUGACAAUUUACUUGUUUUGUCCAUAUACCAUCGUUACCUGCGUUGCUCAGUGCACCAUUGUAUUCACCAAUCUCGCCAUUGCUGCAACGUUUCUCUUCACAUUACAAGGAAACGCAGUUGCAGCAACUUUAUGCCUUGCUUUUGCCUCAUAUCAGUCACUCUAUCCAGUCACAUUAAUCAUUCCAGUUGCAAUGCACAUAGCCAUAAUAAAAUUACAGGCAUCUAAGGACAAGACAAUCAGUUACCAGAGACCAGAGGCUGUUCAUUCUAUUCUAUUAACAACAACCAUCUUUGUUUUUUGGCUAGCUUGUUUCCUUGGUCUCUCGUUCCUCAUGCUUGAUUCAUGGAGCUUUCUCAGGUCUUCUUAUGGCUUCAUAUUAGCAGUGCCCGAUCUUAAGCCCAACAUGGGUCUCUUCUGGUAUUUCUUCACUGAAAUGUUUGAACACUUCAGGACAUUUUUUCUCUGGGUAUUUCAAAUCAAUGUCUUCAUCUACAUAGCUCCCUUGGCAAUCAAAAUGAGAGAGCAUCCGUUGUUCGUAAUGCUGGUUCAGUGUAUAGUGAUCACAAUCUUCAAGUCUUAUCCGUCCGUUGGAGAUACUACCGUAUACCUUUCCCUGUUACCAGUCUGGUCUCAUACAUUCCAUUAUUUUCGUAACACCCUUGUGGUCGGGGUGAUGAUGCUACUUGCUUCGGUCUUGUGUCCAGUCAUCUGGCACCUGUGGAUCUAUGCAGGCAGUGCUAAUGCUAACUUCUUCUUUGCUUUUACACUCAUCUACAAUACAGCACAGAUAUUCCUUGUGACGGAUCUGGUCUUUGCUUUUCUGCGUCGUGAGUUUGCCCUCAAACAUGGGAUGGAGCCGCUAGACGAAGAUGGCAACAAGAGGUCCGUUCGGCUACAGUAACAGAUGAUUUGUACCACAUCCAAACUAUGGUUUCCUUGGUCAAAAAAUUCACAAGGAAUGUGAUUAUAUGACUGCUUUAACAGGCACUGUAAAACAGGAGGCGUUCUGGUGGGUGUUUCAUAAAGCUGUUCGUAAAGUUACAAACAACUUUACGCACGACUGGAACCUGUUCUUAGGUCA